GCGGCCUGGCAGCCAGGGCACCGGCGGAAGCGGCCGCAGGCUCAGUGUCUGAAACUUGGAGUGACGAAACAUGUCUCAGUCAGGUGAAAAAGUAAAGUUUUCCGACUCAGCAGGCUAUGUGGGAUUCGCUAAUCUGCCCAACCAGGUUCACAGGAAAUCUGUGAAGAAGGGCUUUGAAUUCACGCUGAUGGUGGUUGGUGAGUCUGGCUUGGGAAAAUCCACUUUAAUUAACAGUCUGUUCCUGACUGAUCUUUAUCCGGAACGUUAUAUUCCUGGAGCUGCAGAGAAAAUAGAGAGAACAGUUCAAAUCGAAGCUUCUACAGUAGAGAUAGAGGAGCGAGGGGUGAAACUGCGUUUAACAGUAGUUGACACACCAGGAUAUGGAGAUGCCAUUAACAGCCAGGACUGCUUCAAAACAAUUAUCCAGUACAUUGACAACCAGUUCGAAAGAUACCUUCAUGAUGAGAGCGGUCUAAACAGGCGCCACAUUAUAGACAACAGAGUCCAUUGCUGUUUUUAUUUCAUCUCUCCCUUUGGGCAUGGGCUGAAACCAUUAGAUGUAGAAUUCAUGAAGGCUCUUCAUGGAAAAGUCAACAUUGUCCCUGUGAUUGCCAAGGCUGACACACUGACGCUGAAGGAGAGAGAAAGGCUGAAGAGAAGAGUUCUGGAUGAGAUUUCUGAACAUGGCAUUAGGAUUUAUCAGCUCCCUGAUGCAGAUUCUGAUGAAGAUGAGGAGUUUAAAGAACAAACCAGAGUUUUAAAGGCUAGCAUUCCCUUUGCUGUUAUUGGAUCCAAUCAACUUAUUGAGGUGAAAGGGAAAAAAAUCAGAGGCCGUCUCUAUCCCUGGGGAGUUGUUGAAGUUGAAAAUCCAGAGCACAAUGAUUUCCUUAAACUGCGCACAAUGCUGGUAACGCACAUGCAGGAUCUGCAGGAGGUGACCCAAGAUUUGCACUACGAGAACUUCCGUUCAGAGAGGCUAAAACGAACUGGCAAGCCUGUUGAAGAAGAAGUGGUAGACAAGGAUAGAAUCCUUCAGCAGAAAGAGGCUGAGCUGCGCCGCAUGCAAGAGAUGAUUGCACAGAUGCAAGCCCAAAUGAGGAUGAAGCCUGGUGAUGAUUAA